UUUAAUAUUAUAUUUACCGCGUCGAAAAAUCAUAUGAUUAAAAAUAUAUUAUUUUGUUACAAUGGACACAAGAAUUCGACAAAUGAAUCUCAAUUGGAGUCAACUCGGCGGUCUCACAGACGUAAACAUUCAUCUAAAAGUAGGUCCUCGUCGAAAACAAAAGCUUCUUCGAGUAAUAAUGAAGACUUUAAUGAUAAUAGCAAUUUUUCGAUGGCAAAUAAACUUAGACGUCAUAAAAAAACUAAACCAAGUGCCAAUCAAACUGACGGUUUAGUUGUCAAAAGUGAAUCAAUUCCUGAAAGAGAGAAAAAUUAUCAAGAAGUUACCUCGAAAAAUUCAAAUCUGCAAGUACUGAUAGAAAAGCGCGAAGCUGAGUACGAUGAAUUGCAUACGCAUUAUGAAGAAUUGAUAAAACAUGUUCAAUCGUUGGAUCAAGAGAGGAUCAAUAAUCAACUGGGGAAUAAAAAAGUAGUGGCUGAAAAUACGCAACUGCAUGAAGAUGUAAGUUUGCUGAAAAUUUUGAUUUAUCGGCUGAACGUUGAGCUGCAGAGAUAUCAGGACAAAUUGAGAUUAUUGAAUGUAAAACCUGAUGAAGAAAAGACUGAGAUUACGGAUCCGGCGACGGAGAGCAAAAGAGUGUCUGAGGCUUGGGGUCAUGUCAAUAAUCACGCUCUGGCUCCACUGCUAGAAGCUUAUCAGGAACAUCUUGAGGAGAAGGACGAUCUUAUUCGGCAUUUCAGGAAUGAGAUGGAUGAUUUUGGAGGUAAAUUCAAAGAAAUUGUUGCAGAGAAUGAAGAGUUGCGUAAAGGUUUAGAUCAUUAUAAAUUACAGACGGAAAAAUUGAUAGAAGAAUUAAAAACCGUUUCUGGAGAUAUAACUCUAGUUAAAGAAGAAAAUGAUAUUUUUAGGAGACAAGUUUCGCUGCAUAAACAGAAGCUUCUUGAGAUUCAUUCGAUUUAUGAGAAGAAAGUAGAAUCAAUGUCGCAGGAUAACAAUAAAUUACACAGUGAUUAUGUUAGCUGUAAAACUGAAUUAAGCAACCUUCAAGGUAAAUAUGAAAUACUGUCUGAGGGAUACGAGAAACUAAAGAAAAAUUCGGAAAAAACUAUGCCUGUAUCCGUUCACUCGGACGCUAUAGACGAAUGCAAGAGAUUGUUUGAAGAAUUGAAAACUCAAUACGAUACAGAAAAACGUAAAUUAUUAAAUCAAUUGAAAAAAUUUGAAGAGUUGAAUCCAGAAAAUGAAAAAUUGAUUGCUACUUUAACUGCCGAGCGAGGUCAUCUGAGAUAUUUGACCAAGAAUCUUGAGAAAAGCCUCAAGCGGACACAGAGUAAGUUGGAGUCACUGCAAAACGCCUUGUGCUCUAUUCAAGUAUCUAGAGAUUCCUUCAAGAGGCAAUUAUCGAAAACGACGGCUUAUUGUGAAGAAUUGGUUACUGCUCAAGAAAAAUUGCAGGCGGAAAAAGACGAACUUCUGGCUCUUUUGUGUACAAAAGAAAAAGAAAGCGAAAACAUUCAGUAUCUUGGGAAUAAUAUUACGCAGCGGAUGGGAGCUUUAAAAGAUCAAUUGAAGAUUGUUCAAAAGGGAGCUAAAGAGCAACUGGAUACUGUUGAGAAAAACAUGAAAAUACAAGAGCAGGGUGUGGGUCAGAUGAAAUCAGAUUAUCAUAAAGAAUUGCAACGUUUAAAAUCGCUCAUUAAGCAGAAAGAAGAUGUGAUUGGUAAAUUGCAGAGGGAAAAAUACGCGGCGCAAGACCACUUGGAACUGGUUUGGAAAGCGGCUACUAAUGACGAUAAGAAGGUUAAGGAUGUGUUGAAAAACUCAAAGAUUUAUGUUUGA